AUGCGUACAAAUUUGCCAGCCUUGUUGCCCAAGGGCUUGAACGCGCCAUCGUCAUGUAGGACUCUUGUUAAUGGUCUUCGUCUCGCAUGGAUAGCGGUCGUGCUCUGGGGUGAAGUCGGUGUAUUUUUCUAUAAUCUGAGAAGCUGCGAUUGGCCUGACCGAUUACAACCGGAAUCGCCUGACCUCCGCUCUGCGCAUAUACUCGUCGUCGCCGAUCCGCAGGUCCUCGAUCACAGGUCCUAUCCAGAACGCGGUCUUGUCCUCACCAUGCUCUCGCAGUUCAUCGCUGACCUCAAUCUCCGCAAGAGCUGGCGCGUGACGAUGCACCGACUGCGCCCACAUGCGGUCGUUUUUCUUGGAGAUAUGAUGGAUGGGGGGCGCACCGACAUGGACGAUGACGAGUAUGAAGCAUAUUAUGAACGUUUUCGCAGUAUAUUCGCUCUGGAUUACGUACCGCUUCCCGUGUACUACCUUCCAGGCAACCAUGAUAUUGGGCUAGGUAAAUCAGACACCUUUUCUCCGGAUGCCGUGAAACGAUAUGUAUCGCAUUUUGGCCCUCUCAAUCAACGGUUUUCUGUAGGGAAUCAUACCAUUAUGCUCAUCGAUGCACCUUCACUUGUUCAGGAAGACUACAAGCGAGUACAGCGUGGAUACAGUUUUGAGGAUUGGCCAAAUGUAAUAGACGGCCCUCUCGAGUUCGUGAAGCGUUACAAGUCUGAGGAACACAAUAGCCCAGUUAUAUUAUUUAGUCAUAUACCUCUUGCGCGGCCUCCCAAUACAAAUUGCGGCCCACUUCGCGAAAAGGGUACAAUCCGUCAAGGAACUGGCCUGGGGUAUCAGAACACGCUCACAGAGCCAGCCACGAACUAUUUGUUGAAGUCUCUUAGACCUACACUCAUACUAAGUGGCGAUGAUCAUGAUUAUUGUGAAUAUGCACACACACUACCACUUCUCGACGGUUCCUCGUCAGUUGAAUCGGCGAAAGAAGUAUCUGUCAAAUCCUUUUCCAUGGCUAUGGGGAUCCGUCGCCCUGGGUUUCAGCUCCUUUCUUUAACGUCCACGGUGACACCCGACAACAUGGUGCAAAUACCGAAUGGACCUCCGCAGGACGUACCAUGUUUGCUCCCCAAUCAGCUGGGCGUGUAUUUAUACGCCUACGUGCCAUUCAUCGUUUUCUCGCUUCUUGCACUAUUCUUAUCCAACAUAAGACGGACCUCUGCACGUGAAUCAUAUCGAACAUCGUCAUACAUGCGCACACAAAAUAGGUCAAGGAGUCCUCGUGGCCGCUCAGCUAGCGAAGAAUUUGGUAAUGGUAAUGUGAACCACGUCAAUGGUAACAUCGAGCUAUCUCGCCGGCUGUCUUCCAGAGACGACGUGAAAGACGUUGAUAUACAUGUACACGAGCGCGAUCACGACGCCUACGUUCUAGCACCGCAGACAGAGAGGCAGCACGGUGGAGAGCGUCGCAAACGUUCGUGGUCGCUGACGUUCACGCUUUGCGGCCAGCUACGACGUCUUACUGUGGGUCCUCUGCCGCAUUUCUGCGGCCAGGGUGAUGAUGUAAGGGGACGAAAUGAGGUGGAGCUACCCCCACGCGAGGAACAGGGUUUGUUCAGGGGGUUCUCAAGGGACGUGUUGGACGUGGCAUGGCCUGCGGGUGCUGAGCCGCUAGUGCUUGGCAGAGCUAUCUGA